CAGCAGCAGAAGCAGCAGCAUCCGCGACGGGGAAAACAGCCUUUCGUGACAAGACAAAGAAAAGAAGGAAAGUCAUCGGGACCGCAGCAGGGAGCGUGCCGCAUUUAGAGGCAGUCAAACUGCCAGCCGUCGGGCACAUCGCUUCCUGCCUUCUGCUCCUGCUUUCCGCCGACACUGACGGUGCUCCAGCUCUGAACCGAGCAUUUCCGUUUCUUAUCGCGGCAAUGUAAACGCGUUUCCGUUUAAUGCUUGGCAUCAGCAUCAGGCUCACCCUUAGUUCCAGUCUGGGAGCGACAUUAAACUAUAGGCUCUGCUCUGGAUUACAAGUAAAUUGGAGAGGAUUUGAAGAUGAGCACGCAGUCAGCGAUGGUGCUGAUGCUGCGCCUGUUCGGCGCCCUGCUUCUGGCCACGUUUAACGGUUGCCUGCCCGCGGAGGGACUGCACCUGUCCAGCCUCUCCGUUCCGCGCAUUAUCGAUGUGGCGCAGAAGGCGAAGCUUUUCUGCAGCUACGAAAUGGGAAAUCGGACGCUGAACUCCGUCAAAUGGUACAAGGAUGGGCUGGAGUUUUUCAGAUAUUCGCCGCUAACACCGCCGACAACAAAUUGGUUCCCCGUGAAAGGUGUCACCAUUGCCGAAGGUUCGUCGCAUUGCAAUCAAUUCAUCUGCAACGUGGAGCUGGAGAAGCUCAACAUCCACUCGUCCGGACAGUACCGAUGCGAGGUGUCCGGCGAUGCGCCCGAGUUCAAGCUGAUCGAUCAGACGGCCAAUAUGACAGUCGGUGUCCUACCUAAAUUCGAUCCGUUCAUAUCGGGUGUGCGACACGCCUAUAAGUAUCACGACACUCUGCUGGCCAAUUGCAGCUCGGAAUGGUCGAGUCCGGCGGCCAAACUCAUGUGGUACAUCAACAACAAAACGGCGCCCCAGCACAGCCUGCAGCCACAAAUCAACGAGAUCACACGCAACGUCGAAGGCUUCCCCCUGUUUCUCAGCAACCUGGAGCUGCGCCUCCAUCUGGACGACCAGCGCUUCAUCAGCAAAAGCGAGAUGCUGGAGUUGCGGUGCGGCGCGGACAUCAUGGGACUGGCCAGUGCACGUCGCGAAAGUCGCGUGCGGACCACCGUGCUGGCCCUCAAAGAUGCCGGCACCAACCAGCGCUUCACCGAGAACGGCUCCUGCAUCAGCGGCCGGCCAGCUUCACUGGCCGCCUGGCUACUGGGCCUCGUCCAAUUGCUGCGAUGGCAUCGCUCCCAGAGUUAGUGGCUGGCCUUGAUGGGCGCCCUCUUUGUGGCCUAAGUUGCUGGGAUUUCUACCAUAUGCAGACAAGGAGGCGACAAAUCAAUUGGGAAAUUGGAAAGCCAAAAGAAUAGUUAACAGAACAGCCUAGGCAGCGCAACAGUUGAAUGUGUAUAUAGUCGAAAUUGAAUUAGUCUAGGACCGUGCAGGAAGCUCAUCCAUUUCCUAUAAGUGUAAUGCAACAUUUAUUUACGUAAAUACAUACAUAUGUAUACAUAUGUGUUAUGUGCAAGCGAGCAGGCGAAACCCGAAAUUGAUAAACCGAAAAAAAAAAAAAAACAACACACACUAAACGAGAAAUACUCGUAUUGAAAAUGAAAUAUAAAUGAACGUAAAUAUAGAUAUCUAAACGUAAAUUUGCUACAAUAUAUAUAUGUGUAUGUAUGUAUGGUAUGUACUCGUAUGACAAAAUAUUUCAAUAGAGGAGGAAAAACGAAUAUCAAACAAAUUUACACAUGAAUAUUUCGAGCACAGAAUGGAACACACACAAUCAAUGGCAAGUAAACUUAAUUAUUGUAUGUGAAUUGUUAAUGUAUUAAAUGAUGUAUGUAUGAUGAAUAAAUAAACACAAAUAAAAUGCCAAAAAUGCAC